GGCUGCUUUAUAUUAGCUGGUCAAAAGCAUCUAAACAUCUUACAGAUGCAACCGAGCCACCGGCAGCAAAUUGGAAGUGAUUUUUUUAAAGGACUAAAUUGAAUCUGACAAUCUUCACUCACUGUUUCCAUCACUGCAGUCAAGGAAGACCCAAAUUUAGCACUGCCUUGGAUUGUUUUUCUCAAAGUCCAUGCAGUGUCACUGCAUGAGGAAGAGGAGUCCAUUUGGAAAGGAUUGGAUACAACUGCUGGUGAAAAACAAUGGGAUGCUUUGGAUUCCUCAAGUUUAUGAUGUUCGUGUUCAAUGGCAUUAUCUUUUUGGCAGGUGCUGCCAUUCUGGGAGUUGGCAUCUGGGUGAAGGUGGACAGCGGCUCCAUCCUGAGCUUCCUCGGGAUGAUCGAAGACGCCCCCGCCGAGCUCAGUCAGGUCCUCAAUGUGGGUUACCUGCUGAUUGCUGUCGGAGCGCUGCUCGUCAUCAUUGGGUUUCUAGGGUGCUGUGGGGCCAUCAGAGAGAGCAAAUGCAUGCUGCUGCUGUUCUUCAUCAUAAUCCUGCUGGUCUUCCUAGCAGAGGUCGCAGGAGCUGUGGUGAUCCUGGUUUUUAGACCUUUGGCUGAAGACUUGUUUAGAAAGUUUGGCACAGCAGCAGUUGGGAGCAUCAAGAAGGACUACGGGAAGAAUUCGGACAUCACUGGACUGUGGGAUACUACAAUGAGCACACUAAAAUGUUGUGGAAUCUACAACUCCACGAACUUCGUGGACUCUCCUUAUUAUGUGGCCAACAACAAUCAGUAUCCACCUCUGUGCUGUCCAGAUGGUACCAAUAAGCCCUGUAAUCAAACAGUGAUUGACAAUUUCACGCCAAUCCCAGGUUGCUUCGUGAAGAUCACGCAACUGAUCGAUGACAACAUGGUGGCCAUUAUUGCUGUGGCACUGGGAAUCGCAGCACUUGAGUUAUGUGCCAUGACGGUUUCCAUGAUCCUUUACUGCAAGAUAGAUUCAAAAUGAACCUGGCAGCAAAAGUCGACAACUCCAGAAGGAUCAUUUUAAUCACUGGACUACUUUUACUUUCCAUAUUCCCUGUUAUUGACUGCUGAUAUUUCUCUUGAAAUGUCACGUCUGCUCAAGCAGAUCUACAGGAUUGCAAAACAAACCAUUUUUUUUAACAUGGUAAAGAGAAAGUAAUUUAUCAAUGUCACUGCAGAUUCUGCUCAGUGAUUAUUUCAUGUGACAUAGGACUUCAAAGCAUUUGACACACAUGACUGAGGAAUUCAAUGGUGGAAAUGUAAUUAUGAAAUGGAGGUUACAAUUUAUGAUAGAAAUUUGAGUUAUUCCUGUGAAGAUAUAUAGAAAUAUAAAUAAAGAAAUUAUUCUGUUGUAUUCAACAUGAUCAAAUUUGAAAUAACAAUAAACACA